GCUCGGUGCGUCCCAGAGGUCACCCUCGCCGGGGUACCCACGUGCGGUGAGAACCUGAGAGCAUCAUGUUGUGAGAAGAUGGGGGCUGCCGUUUCCCGUGCGAUCAGAAAUUUCAAUCUUGAGAACCGGGCGGAACGGGAAAUCAGCAAGAUGAAGCCCUCUCCAGCUCCCAGGCACCCGUCCACCAGGAGCCACCUGCGAGAGCAGAUGGGCAGCCAUCCAGAUAUUAAGAAAGAGAUUGAUAGAAAAGAUGACAAGCUGCUGUCCUUACUGAAAGAUGUGUAUGUUGAUUCCAAAGAUCCUAUGUCUUCUGUGCAGGCGAAAGAUGCUGGAACACCUCGGGAGCCAAAGGAGUUCAGAUCCCCGAAAGGCCAUCACUUUGACAUAAAUAUUGAGAACAUUCCCAGAGGCAAAAUUUCCAUUGUAGAGGCAUUGACACUUCUCAACAAUCAUAAACUUUAUCCAGAUACAUGGACUGCUGAGAAAAUAGCAGAAGAAUACCAUCUAGAACAGAAAGAUGUAAAUUCUCUUCUCAAAUAUUUUGUUACUUUUGAAGUCAAAGUCUUUCCUCCUCAAGACAAGAAAGCAAUACAAUCAAAAUGAAGGAAAUCUUGGAGUUAUUUUUUCUAUAUUUACGCCCUGUCCCCAUACCCUGUUUGUUUUCUCACUUUUAACAUAUUAAAUUAUAUAAAUUACUGAAUGUUUAAAGCUCCCUCCUUGUGAGAGCAUCCUAUUUAUUGAGCACUGCUGAAUUUUCAGGACUACUGAUGAAAUAAAUUUUGUUUCCAAUUUGGUUUAGGCAUGUAUUUGUAUAUAAUACCAGCAUGACUAAAUAGCACUUGUGUAAAUUUAUUACAAAUAAGAGUUAAUUGUGUUAUUUGAAGCACAUCAUAUCAUCAGCUUUUAAAUUGGUCAUAUGACCUCAUUGGAACUGUCCUGAAUCCCUCAUUGAACAUUUUAAGUUUCAUCCUCCCGUUCAGGUGGUUAGUUUGUCUUUCCUGUAGCUAAUGACAGGAAGGACUUGCCUGACUCCUAAGGCUGACAUUUGCUUGUGAAGGAAAGGGAGGCUUGACAGUGAGGUAUAAUGACAGCUGAAGGCAGGCGGGAGACUGGAUCCAAAAUAAAUAGGAAAUACAUUUUUACUACUAUGGGGAAUGCGAAUUAGUAAGGCAUUUUGUUAUUUUGAAAUAACAAUUAUAGAAAAGAAUUAUUUAAUGUUUAUAAAAUUUUAACAAAUCUCCACUUUGGCAAACAUGUUCCUCCAAAAGCUUUCAGAGAGGCAGGCAGAAGUGGAAGCUAUCUAAAAAAUUAACUUUUCUCUGGACUUGAUGUAAAAAUACAUGAAACUUUUAAAGAAUGGUUAAAUCAAAGAAUCAUGAUAAAUGUGGUGACCAAAUAUACAGGGUCCAGCAGAAGUAAGGCUUGCUGAGCAAGGUUGAUAGGAUAAUAACAUAGGUGUAAAAAUUCAGUUUUAAUUUGAACAUUUCACCUAAAAUGUUAAUAUGGUGUGCUUGAGUGUGGUAUUGUUAUGUUACAGAAUUACAUGCUUAUGAUUUUGUAAUAAAAAUGGGGUGUUAUUUGUGCCAGACCCUGAACAUACUUUCUAAUUUAAAUGCUGAUUUAAAAAAGAAAAAACAGCAAGUAGAAGUAAAAAAUGUAAUGUUGGAAGGGACUUGGGAAGUUGUUGCUUCAUUUAAUAAAUUUAUGAGCACAGCAAAUACCAGUACCAGGGUCCUGAACAAAAUUGUGGAAGAGUAAUUCUGUCAAACCAGUACCUGUGAGAUCUUGGAUGGAUUGUGUAAUCUCUUUGAGAUUGAUUUUUCUCUAUAAAUGAUUAUAAUGCUGCCUUAACUGUAAGGGUACUAUGAAGAUAAUGCAACCAGUAUGACUCCCCCCUUUUUUUUUGCAAUCAAAAGUGGAAGCCUGAGAAAACUUCAUGACCUAUUAAAGAUUGGAACUUAUGACAUAGUCUUACAAUUUAGGUUUUCAAAAUCCUAGUGUCAAUAAGAACAUACCUCAAAAGAGCAGAAGGUGCGAGUUGUAGGAAUAUUGGGGAAUGUGGUAAGAAAAAUUCCAGGUUAUCAAGGUCUUUCUGAAGGAAGAUAGACAGUCAUUAUUUCCGAAGUCCCCUGGAAUGGUAUGAAGGAUGCAGAGUCAUUCAGCAUGAUGGUGGAAUUAGGCAUUUUUAAUACUGAGAGGAGCAGAAGUGACUGAGGAAAUUUUUAAGCUUGAUUUCAAAUGCAGCUUCGUUACGUGAAUAUACCUAAUCUGUAUUUAGUUCAAAACAGUUAUUUUUAAUAAAACAAGAACUCUAUAAAAUUGCAUUUUAAAACUCUGGAAAAUCAAUAAUCAAAACUGUCUUUUAUCAAACGAAGAUCAAUACUUCAGUCGCUAACAAUGCUAUUCCUGAGCCAUUUUCCCUAUUCAAGUCUAUACUGUGGUUAGACGGCUAUAAAUGUGGCUGUUAUAUGGUGUCACAUGAUAAAAUAAAGUACUUCCC